GAAUUUCGUUAAUGUUAUUGUGUCCGAUGAUGGACUCACCGUCACAGACACUGACGGCGAUGCAUCCAGAUGGCCGGAUACCACGCGGAUCCCAAAUCCUUCCGGUGAAACGAUUUAUUAUCAUCCGAUCGAAAGCAAAAUUGAGUUAUAUUUAACAAAACUCGGAGAAUCGUUGGCUAAUGCGUUGCGAGGAUCCGGUGCGGAAGUAACAAAGCCGAUGUUGACCUCUCUUCCGAAAGGAUACCAAUUGUUCGAGCGAGUCAGGGAAAAUGAAUCUAAUGUCGCAAUUAGGAAGGAUACAUAUCUAUUCGGCAGUGAU